UUCAAGAAGAUGGAUGAAACCAAGACACAUCAGGUGAAGUCAGAUCAUCUUCUGCGUGUUGAUGAUCAUGAUUUCACCAUGAGACCAGCAUUCGCAGGUCCGGCGGUGCCAGUGGGUGUAGAUGUGCAGGUGGAGAGUUUGGACAGUAUCUCAGAGGUCGAUAUGGACUUCACCAUGACGCUCUACCUGAGACACUACUGGAAGGACGAGCGUCUGUCUUUUUCCAGUAAAACCAAUAAAAGCAUGACCUUCGAUGGUCGACUGGUGAAGAAGAUCUGGGUACCUGACGUUUUCUUCGUCCAUUCUAAACGUUCCUUUAUUCAUGACACCACCACAGAGAACGUCAUGAUCAGAGUUUAUCCUGAUGGUAAAGUUCUCUACAGCCUGAGGGUGACUGUAACUUCAGCGUGUAAUAUGGACUUCAGCCGCUUCCCGCUGGACACACAGACCUGCACACUAGAGCUGGAGAGCUACGCCUACACUGAUGAAGACCUGAUGCUCUACUGGAAGAGUGGAGAUGAAUCACUGAGCACAGAUGAUAAAAUCUCUCUCUCUCAGUUCCUCAUUCAGGAGUUCCACACAACCUCCAGACUGGCUUUCUACAGCAGCACAGGUUGGUACAAUCGUCUGUACAUCAACUUCACUCUGCGGCGUCAUAUCUUCUUCUUUCUGCUGCAGACCUACUUUCCUGCCACUCUGAUGGUCAUGUUGUCCUGGGUGUCCUUCUGGAUCGACCGGCGGGCCGUUCCUGCCAGAGUUUCUUUAGGCAUUACCACGGUGCUGACCAUGUCCACCAUCAUCACGGGAGUCAACGCUUCCAUGCCCCGAGUGUCUUACAUUAAAGCCGUGGACAUUUACCUGUGGGUCAGCUUCGUCUUUGUCUUUCUGUCUGUUCUCGAGUACGCGGCCGUGAACUAUUUAACAACAGUGAAUGAUGGGACUGAACGCAAGUUAAGACAGAAGGCAAGUACACACCUUUUUCUGUUUUUUUCAUGACAGCAUGCACCCUGCGCAUGUGAUGCGUCCCACACAAGGACUGUAAUGCUGAAUGGAGCGUGCAGUAAUCCCGAUAGCAACGGCCUGGCAGGAUUCACCCAAACCACCGGUGUGGAAGAUAAACAGGACCGCAAGCUUGUGCAUCUGUCUGUGGAAGAUGACGGUGCGGGACGCAAGAAGAAAUCUCUCCGUGGCCUCCACAUCAUUCAGAACACCCAUGUCAUCGACUCAUACUCAUGCAUGAUCUUCCCAGGGGCCUUUAUAUUCUUUAAUGUCAUAUACUGGUCUGUGUACUGCUGA